GGGCGGUGCCAGGCCGCCGGUCCCCAGUAAAGCGACGCCCGGCGGCUGCCCCGGCGCUGACUGAGGAGCCGGGAGGCUGGAGGAUGGACACGCCGGGAGUCGUUCGUAUCUUCUCCCUGAUGCUGGUGCCGCUGCUGCUGGUGCCGCUGCUGCUGGGCUCUGCGCACGGCUUGCACAACGCCUCCCAGAGGACGUUUGAGAUCGACUACAGCCACAACCGCUUCCUUAAGGAUGGCCAGCCGUUCCGCUACAUCUCAGGAAGCAUCCACUACUUCCGCGUGCCCCGCAUGUACUGGAAGGACCGGCUGGUAAAGAUGAAGAUGGCUGGGCUGAACGCCAUCCAGAUGUAUGUGGCCUGGAACUUCCACGAGCCCAAGCCAGGACAGUACCUGUUCACCGGGGACCACGAUGUGGAACAUUUUAUCCAGCUGGCGCACAAGCUGGGGCUGCUGGUUAUCCUGCGGCCUGGACCCUACAUCUGUGCGGAGUGGGACAUGGGAGGAUUACCUGCUUGGCUAUUAGAGAAAAAAUCUAUUGUUCUCCGUUCUUCUGAUCCAGAUUACCUUGCGUCCGUGAAGAAGUGGUUGAAAGUCCUUCUGCCCAAGAUGAAACCCCUCCUCUACCAGAAUGGAGGGCCAAUUAUCAGCGUGCAGGUUGAAAAUGAAUACGGCAGCUAUUCUGCCUGUGAUUACACUUACCUGCGUUUCCUGCAGAGUCACUUUCGCUCCUACCUGGGUGAGAAAGUGCUUCUGUUCACCACUGACGGGGCGCACGAGCAGUUCCUAAAGUGUGGGACGCUGCAGGGACUCUACGCCACGGUGGACUUCGGAGCAGGUACCAACAUCACAAAUGCUUUCCUAAUCCAGAGGAAGACUGAGCCCAAGGGACCCUUGAUCAAUUCUGAAUUCUAUACUGGCUGGUUAGACCACUGGGGCCAGCCUCAUUCAGUAGUCAGUACCAAAGCGGUGGCUUCUUCCCUCCAAGAUAUGCUUGCCCGAGGGGCGAAUGUGAACUUGUACAUGUUUAUGGGGGGCACCAAUUUUGGCUAUUGGAACGGGGCCAACACACCCUACCAAGCGCAGCCCACCAGCUACGACUAUGACGCCCCCCUGAGCGAGGCCGGGGACCUCACGGAGAAGUAUUUUGCCCUGCGAGAUGUUAUUAAGAAGUUUGAAAAAGUACCCGAAGGUCCUAUCCCUCCAUCCACACCAAAGUUUGCAUAUGGAAAAGUUACUUUGAAAAAGUUAAAGACAGUGCAGGAAGCUCUGAACAUCCUGUGUCCCUCUGGACCCAGAAAAAGCAUUUAUCCUUUAACAUUCGUCGAGGUGAAACAGUAUUUUGGGUUUGUGCUGUACCGAACCACGCUUCCUCAAAACUGCAGCAGCCCGACCCCACUCUCUUCACCCUCCAAUGGUGUCCACGAUCGGGCCUACGUCUCGGUGAACGGGGUCCUCCAGGGAGUCCUCGAGCGAAAUGCUGUGAGCACCUUGAACAUAACGGGGAGAGCUGGAGACACCCUGGACCUCCUUGUGGAGAACAUGGGGCGUGUGAACUUCGGCAAUGCUAUCAACGAUUUUAAGGGUCUUAUUUCGAACCUGACCCUUAAUUCCAGUAUACUCAUCAACUGGGAGAUCUUCCCGCUGGACACAGAGAAUGCAGUUCUUAGCAGCCUGGAGGCCUGGAAUGACCGUGACGGUGGCUGCCGCGACAAAGCCUGUGCCCACGGCCCGUCUAACCUCACAGCCCCCGCCUUCUACGUGGCUAACUUCUCUAUUCCCAGGGGGAUCCCUGACUUGCCUCGGGACACCUUUAUCCAAUUUCCUGGGUGGACCAAGGGUCAGGUGUGGAUCAACGGCUUUAACCUUGGCCGCUAUUGGCCAGCGCGGGGCCCCCAGGUGACCUUGUUCGUGCCGCAGCACGUCCUGCUGACCUCGGGCCCAAACACUGUCAUCGUGCUGGAACUGGAGAAAGCGCCCUGCAGGGACAGUGGCCCGGGACAGUGCAUGGUGGAGUUUGUGGACAAGCCAGUUAUUAGCGGAGCCCAGACCACCAGCCGUCUCAAUGCAGACCGAAACCAAGCGCCAUAGCCAGAGAGUAGCCCUGUGAAAUUCUAGCCUUGCACAUACCUCACGUUCCCCCUUGGAAUGCCAACCUUCACUGGAAAAUAGAUCCGUGUGGGUGUUAUCACCUGAAGCUGCCCUGCAGCCUCCUGGUGCCUGAUGUACCCCCCUUGUCUGGCUGUGUGGACGUGGGGGUGGGGGGGCGGGUGGCAGUUAGGCACCUGCAGAUUUGGAAUGGGAGCUUUCAAGGUCUUUCUGAUUUUCACUUUGUAAGAAUCAUGCUGUCUUUUUAUUAAAUAAAAUUUGUGUUCAAAUGA